AUGAUCAAAUUUGGGAGACUAUCACCAGCGCAUCAACAGAUUUGCUACAAUCACGGCAUACAUUUGGCGGUCAUGGAGGUAAUAUACCAGAAACGAAAAGUCGCAAACAGGAUAUACGAUAGUGACGUGAGCGAUGGACACGAUUCGGAUGAUAGAGGCUCAGAUGAAAAUGAAAACAAUGCAGCCAGUACUUCAUUUUCCGACAUUAAUGCGGAAAACGCUUCCGAUGACGAGGACGACAAUAUCGUAUUUGUUGCUGACAAGAUGGUCACUAUAAAGUCUGCAUUUGAAAUCGUAAAAAAGGUUCGCAAGAUAGUUUUGAAAUUCAAGAACUCGCCUGUACGGAAUGCCAUCUUGCAGAAUUAUGUUAAAGAGGUCGAGAAGAAAGAGCUUUUCUUGCUGUUGGAUUGCAAAACACGUUGGAAUAGCCUGGAAACUAUGCUGGCCAGAUACAUUUGCAUCAGCAAGCAUGUUCCUCUCAGCGCGAUGUUACUUCAAACGGUUAACUGCUUGAUUCUCAUAUUGGCGAAUUUGCCACAGUUUGCAUUCGGUUUUGGUAUACACCUUAUUGAAGUCUCUGAUACGGAUCAGUCUCAAAUCGAAUGCACCAUAGCGUUUCUUCAGAAAUAUUUCCAAAAUGCCGAACCACUGUCAGGUUCGUUGAUCUCCAUGAGCUUUACAUCGGCCUCGUUAAAUAUACAGGAGGGUAUCUUGACCGCCAUACAUGCACAAGCUGCCGUUCCAUGGACUGUUGUGGUGAAAAAUCCACACCAACCUUCUACGAGUAGUACGUCUACUAUGAUUUUGCACGAGAAACCUCAGUGUUAUUUUGUUAUUACUGAGAAUUUGCAAGACGGUGACUUGGAAGAUGUGUUUGAGGACUGGAAAACUAAUAUCAAUUGGAAUCCUCUUGCACAAUUCGUAGUCUAUAUGGCUUCGAUCGAGGAAACUGACGAAGAAAUGACUGAGUUAAUGAUCGAGAUACUGCUAGAUUUUAUGAGUAGGAAAAUUUACAAUGUGAAUGUGAUCGGACGAAAUGAAGAGAAUGGUUUAUUUUAUGGGAAGACCGUGUUUCCGUACCACCCGGACAACAAUUGUGGCAAUAGAGUAAUAGCUAUAGAAACUUUAGAUAUCUGUGAUUAUUAUGAUGCGGGUACAACCAAAUACAACGAAGAUUACGAUGAAGUUGGAGAUGAAGAAAUCGGAGAGGAGGAUAAUCAAGGCGGAGAUGAUGAGGAUGGAGAUGAAGGAAAUGGAGAUGAAAGUGAUUGUGAAGAUGUAGACACAAAUGGAGAAGGAUACGGGGUAGGGGAUGAAGAAGGUGGGGAAGAAUGGGAAGAAGAAGGAGAAGACGAUGGAGAGGAUGAGAGUAAAGAAGAAAAAGAAGGAAAUGGAGGAGGUGAAAAUAAAUCUGAAGAAGAUAUAGAAAGAAAGGAACACGGAGGGAGAAAAGGAGAAGAAAGUAAAAACAGGGGCCAAGAAGUGGAAAAUGAAGAAAGAGAAAGUGAAGAAGAAGAAAAAGGGAAGAUGGGGAAAGUGAAAAUGAAAGUGAAAGAGGAAGAGAGUAUUCGUAGAAAUGGGUAUGGGUUUAAUGAUGAAAAUGCACAUAGAAAACAAGGCGAAGAUGGAGAUGGGGAUGGAGAUGGAGAUGGAGAUGGAUAUGAAGAUGAAGAUAAAAAUAAGAGGGACGAGAUUGUUAGUACAAAGGAGUUCGGAAAUGAAGGAAAAGUGAAAUAUAUUAACGGUAAGGAAAACACAAAAAGGGAAACGAAAAAAAAUAAGAAAGAAAACUACGACGAUGGCUCUGGCUAUCACGAAACUACAUAUCAAAGUAAAAAGGCAAGAGAAUUUGUGAUAGAAACCAAUAAAACCAAGGCGUAUGAAGAUGAGCACGGCGAAGAACACGGUUUAGGCGAUAAUGUUGAUGAAAAAAUUCUAAAAAAAGUUCAACAAGUCAAUAAUUUAAGGUCUGACAAGAAAUUUCGAAAUGAAAAAGGCUGUAAAGAAGCUAUUCAAAAUGUAAACAAAAAAGGCCCAUCAAACAGGUACAAACGCCAGAAAAGAUCGCGGCACAAAUGUAAACAGCUCAGGCAUUACAAGCAAUACACUUCAAAUGAUACUACCAACCAGAAAAUUUACCUUCAAGAAUUCUAUCAAGCGCUAUUUUUGGAUAAGUUCCCUGAAGAUCUCAGCGGAUGCCCAGUCGUGGCUGCGUAUCGUCCGUGGGAGCCAUAUAUAUUCAAGGAAGGCAGUGAGUGUGGCGGCAGUGAGCAUGCCAAUCCUACUACUUACGAAAGCGAUGAAGAAACACCAGCAGACGUGGAAACACACAAGUUAAGCAGUGAGGAAAGUUCAGAGAAGAGUGCAAAGGAAAGUGAAGGCGAUGGCGAUGACGAUACCGAUGACUACAGCGAUGCUGACGACGCAGAUACAGAUUUGAAUGCCUACAAUGAUGUAGACGCGUUUGAUGUGAACGAUGAACCAACGAUGAAAUUAAAUGGUAUUGAGUACCAAUUGAUGCAGACUAUUGGCGAGCGUCUAAACAUUGCUAUAUAUUUGCAGGUGGAGAAUAGUAAUCUCUAUCAUCUCUUCCAACAACUUAUUGAUGGAGACAUCGAAAUGAUUUUGGGUGGCAUUGACGAAGAUCCAAGUAUAAGUCAGUUCGUCUCGAGCACCAUAGCCUACCAUCAGGAUGAUCUCACUUGGUGUGUCGCCAAAGCUAAACGCAAAUAUAAUCUCUUUAACUUUUUACAAAGCUUUCACAUCAGCACUUGGAUUUUUACGUUUUGCUUUAUUCUCGCAACUUCGCUAAAUAUUUUUGUAGCCCAAAAAUUGUUAAGAAUUCGACUCACACAUUUUGGUGGUUUUUUUGUGACUAUCCUACGCAUUCUUGGUAUUAUACUGAGUCAGUCGACAAACCUAUCGCGUCUGCCCAAUUCUUUACACAUAACCUUUGGCAGCGCCUUCUUCCUGGCCAUAAUGUUCAUAAAUAUAUAUCAGAGUUUUCUGGUCAGUACAUUGACCACGCCAAAAUCUUCCUACCAGAUCAGUCACGUGGAGGAAAUUUAUCGCAAUCGUAUGACAGUCACUGGCAGUGUGGAAAGUGUGCGUCAUCUCAACAAAGAUGGUGAGACUUUCAAAUACAUACGUGAAAAUUUCGAAAUAUGCUACAAUAUCGAGGAGUGUCUCAAUCGUGCUGCCACUGAUGAAAGCAUCGCUGUCGCUGUUUCUCGUCAACAUGCUUUCUACAAUCCGCACAUACAGCGCGAUCAGCUUUACUGUUUCGAUCGCAAUGAGAAUCUCUACAUCUAUUUGGUCGCAAUGUUAUUGCCAAGAAAAUACCAUUUGCUGCACAAAAUCAAUCCUAUUAUUCAGCAUGUUAUAGAGUCAGGGCAUAUGGAGAAAUGGGCUCGGGAGCUUGAUUUAAAACGCAAAAUACGCGAGGAGAUACAACGAGCACAGAAGGAACCGGUCCAUGGAUUAACAAUUAAUCAAGUUUUUGGCAGUUUUUUCCUGCAUGGCAUGCUAUCGGCACUGGCCUUCCUAAUAUUCUUACUUGAACGCUGGACUCAUUGGAUGGUGGUAAAGAAACGCACACGUUUGAGAUUGCUUAAGAUGCUGCAUCGCAAAUUUAGCCACAUCUAA